UUAUUAUAACUUUAGUCACAAAAAAGAAAAUCGCACAGAAACCCUUCUCAAAUCAAAUUUUCACAAACAUGUCCUUUGUUCGUCGAUUUCAUCUCUCCGAAACCCUUUCUUCAUCGAUAAAUUUUCAGAUGAAUUCUUCAUCGCGUUCUCACCGUUUCCAUCUCUCAGAUCAAAUUCUUCAUCGAUUUCAGUAAACAUUACCGAUUUUAGUAAGCUUCUUCAUCGAUUUCAGUAACCAUUACCGAUUUCACAAAGCUUCUUCGUCGAUUUCAUCUCUCAGAUCGCGGUGAAGAUCGAAAUUUCUCUCAAAUCGAAAUCACACAUAACUUCAGUAACCUUUCUCAGAUCAAAUUUUCACAAAGCUUCUUCGUCAAUUUCACAAAGCUUCUUCAUCGAUUUCACCUCUCAGAUCACAGUGAAGAUGGAAUUUGUUCUCAGAUCACUCGCUUUCCAUUCCAAUUGAUCUCAAAUGAAAUUGAAUUGACUUUGCUGAAGGUUGGACUUCAGACAUGAUGAAAGAAAAAAAGGGAUAGUGAUGGUGACCAUAGAUUUGGAUAAUUGGAAUAAGAAGAAAGAUGAGUACAAUGUUACUGAAAGAAGCAAGAAUGUUGAUAGAAUAAGGCCAAUGCUUGUUUUGCAACCACGUUCGGUGAAAAUCAAAAUGUUCCUACUGCUGCUGUUUUUUGGAAUGUAGCCAAGCCUACGGGUGCAAAUCUACUUGGCGAGGCAAGGCCAAUGGAGCAGGUUUUGGCAGAGAAAGGUCUGAAUCAGAAGGUUUUACCAUCUGAUGAUGGACGUUCAGAAAGUACCAGAAACUACCAAUGUCAGAUUGAAAUUUUCAAGAGAUAUUUGGGAACCAGACUCUUCAACUCCUCCCCAUUGGACCUAAUCUCUGCACAUAUCAGCCAGCCGUUGUUAAUCGCCAAUGAGAUAAGUCAAGCCCAUGAUAGACUUACAGAGUUGCUCCAGAAUGUUUAUGCAAGUUAUUCACAGUACAUGGAAGUUGUGAGGAUGAUCCAUUCUACUGUUGAUGGAGGUGAAGGUGAUGUGGGACAGCGUAUCUGUCACCCUUUUUCUCAGGUUACACAAUUGAAGACGAAUGAGAAAUUGAUUUGUGCAUUAGAUGGAGAGUCGCUUUUAGCUAUGGAGGAGUUGCGCGUGUUCGGCUCGAGAGGACCACAUUUGCUUAGGGAGUUAUUAUUUGGCCUUUGAGGUUCCUGGGACUAGUAAAUUCUUCUUCUUCUUUUUUUUUUU